CCCAAAAAAAGACAUUAAGUGACCAAAAAGACUAAAACACAUUAACACAUGAACACUUUAACACAGUGGAGACAGAGCUGACUUCCAAAAUGAUUUGGCGACCCCCAGAAAUCAUCUCGCGACCCCAAUUGGGGUCCCGACCCCAAGGUUGAGAAUAGCUGAUCUGAUGUAAUACAUGGUGUUGGCCCGUAGGGGGCAGUAUGGACUAUUCUUUUGUAGAAGCAUCUCUGGGUCAGUAGAAGUGAAACAGUUACUACACUUCUCAGAAUAAAACACGUAUAGUGUUUUUACAGCGUGUGGCGGCUACAUUAGUGGAUUAGUAACAUUAGAGACUGCAGAGCGGCUUUUUUGGCAGCUUGUUUUACGUGUUUCCUCUCUGAAGUCUGGCAACCCGCUGUACCAAAGGCUAAGCUAAGGUCCUGCAGCUGGUCGCAGUAAACAGCUUGUGACAGGCGGCUGGAGGUGUUUGUGUCUGCCAUGCCCAGCCCUGGAUGACCCGAGACACGCGCUGAUCACAGGUAAAACAGGAUCCAGACCUCCAGCUCCUUAUGGCUGUAUAUGAUGAGAACAUCCUGAAGAAUCCUUUCUACGUGGCGUUGGAAAAGCAGAGACCGGACCUCUGCAGCCGAGUGGCGGAGUUCCACGGCAUCGUUCUGGUGCCUUGUUGUGGAAGUCUGACCGUCUGCAGCUACUCAGAUUCUCAGUUCGAAAGCUAUGUCCUGCAGCCUGUGGAGGACAAAUACCAAACUGUGGAUGGAAAGGAGGUCAGGAUCCAGGACAGGCAGGUCCUGCUGGGGUCCGGCUUCCCGGCUCCCUCAUCGAUCCCCAUCCUGUUUGAGGAAACCUUCUACAAUGACCAGGAGCAGAGCUACAGCAUCCUGUGCAUCUGCAGGCCCGUCGAGGUGGACCCCAGCCCAGGCGACCCCAGCCCGCCGCCCCCGUACUGCCUGAAGAGCCUGGAGGACGUCAGGGAGUUCUUGGGCCGCCACGCCCAGAAACUGGACAAGUUCAUCCACGGCUUCUGUCAGGCCUUCAGAGAGCAGGAGAGGAAGGGAAUCCGCCACCACAUAGACUCGGUGAACGGUCUUUACACUAAAUGUCUUCAGUGUCUGCUGAGAGACUCUCGUCUGAAACUUCUGGCGAAGCAGGAGAUUCAGAUGGCUCUUCUCAAACAGGCUGUCGAGAUGUAUGUUCAUCAUGGUAUCCAUGAUUUAAUUUUUAACUUUGUGGGAACGCUUGAAGCAAGCCAGGACGCUGCAUUCAACAAAACAACCAGGAGUCUGCAGGAGCUGCAGCAGAAAGAGCUCGGAGUCAAACCAGAGUUCAGUAUAAACUUGUCUCGAGCAAAGAGAGAGCUGAGUCAGCUCAACCAGCAAACCUCGCCGCUCCUCAAACUGCUCUGCCUGCGUAGAGUCGCCCUGACCGCCACCCAGAACCCCAGAGCCACUGUCAGUAUAGAGGCUGUGUGUGCUGACGACCUGCUCUCUGUCAUCCUCUAUCUGCUGGUAAAGACGGAAAUCCCCAACUGGAUGGCCAACCUGAGCUACAUCAGGAACUUCUGCUUCAGCCACUCCAGCAAAGAUGAACUCAGCUACUGUCUGAGCACCUUCGAGGCUGCGGUGGAGUACAUCAACCUGGGGAGGCUGCAGGACACCAACUCUGGCUCAAAUGAUCUGAACGACAAGGCGUUGUUUAAAGAGAGGAUGAGACUGCUGUCCCAGAGCGCCGCCACGCCCAUCAACUGUCUCUUUGAGCACAUAGCGAAUGGAAGCGAAGCAGAGGUGCAACGUCUUUUGAGUGAAGGAGAGAUAAACGAGGAUGUCAGGAUGUGUCAUCCCCUCUGCUCCUGUGACCUCUGUGACCUGCAGCUGUCGGGGCGGCUGAACGACCCGUCCAUCGUCACGCCGUUCUCCAGAGACGACCGAGGUUACACUCCGCUUCACGUCGCUGCGAUCUGCGGUCAGGCCCAGCUGAUCGACCUGCUGGUGUGUAAAGGGGCGCCAGUCAACGCCACGGACUACCACGCCCUCACACCACUGCACUUGGCCUGUCAGCGGGGAUACCAGGGAGUCACGCUGCUGCUGCUACACUACAAAGCCAACACAGACGCUCAGGACAACAACGGCAACACGCCGCUGCACCUCGCCUGCAUGUACGGACACGAGGACUGCGUGAAGGCGUUGGUGUACUACGAUGUCCAAACGUGCCGUCUGGACCUGCAAAAUGAUAAAGGCGACACGGCGCUGCACAUGGCGGCCCGCUGGGGCUACGAGGGAAUCAUCCAGGUGCUGCUGGAGAACGGAGCGAGCACCGACAUCCUCAACAAGAACAAAGACUCGCCGCUGCAGUGUGCACUCAACUCCAAGAUCCUCGUGUUGCUGCAGUCGACUCAGAACGGCCGUCAGCGCAGCGGCAGCGGAGUUGAUUCUCCCAGUCGCUCCCCUCUGGCCUCCGACUGCAGCAGCCGGCGCUCCUCCGCCUCCAGCACCUCCUCUCUGGGCUCCGAGGCCAGACCAGAGGGAGAACGGGUCCGACACAGAGAGGUGGAGAAGCUGCUGCGUGCCGUGGCGGACGGUGAUGUAGAGAUGGUGCGUUACCUGUUGGAGUGGAUGGAUGAGGAUGAGGAUGAUGAAGGAGAGAUCCGGUCCGAGGCUCUGCUCUGCCACCCUCUGUGUCAGUGUCCCAACUGCGCUCCCACUCAGAAGCUUUCUGUCACGCAGGCCGGAGUUCUUGGGGUUAACAGCUUCAACGUUGACGGCUUCACGCCCCUCCACGUUGCCGCGCUGCACGGCCACUCUGCGCUCGCCGCCUUACUGAUCCGCCACGGCGCCAGCGUCAACGCCCGCACUAACCAGAGCGCCACACCGCUUCACCUGGCCAGCCAGAACAGCCAUGUCCAGGUGAUGAGGUUUCUGCUGGAGUGCAACGCCAAACUGAACAAGAAGGAUCAUUAUGGCAACACACCUCUGAUACAGGCCUGUCUCCGUGGAAACCUGGAGACAGCCACCAUCUUGUUACAGAGUAAUGCGCUGGUGAACGUGGUGAACCUCCAGGGGAACACGGCGCUCCAUGAGGCGGUGCGGGGCGGACACCAGCCGCUGGUGGAGCUGCUGCUGAGAGGUGGAGCCUCGCCCGGCCUCAGGAACAAGAGGCAGAGGACGCCGCUGGACUGCGCCUACGAACUGGGUGGAAAGAACACUGAGAUCCUGAGAGCUCUGCAGAAAGCGUCUGGACUUUCUCCUGAUGCUGAACCAAUCAAACUCCUCUCUGUGCCCAAAGGAGCUCUGGCUCAUUCAUUCGUGCAGCGCCUGAGGCUGCAGGAUCACACCAACGGCAGAAGACAGAAGGCGGCCCAGUCCAUCAGCAGGAUUCAGCAGAUGAAGAAAGGUUCCUCUGGUCCUCCCUCCAGGUGUUCAACAAACCAGGGGAACCCAGAGAGGAGGAGGUUGAGGCGAGGGGAGACGGUUGAGGUCAGCAGCCCCUCUGCGAGCCUGGACGCCAGGCCCCGGCUGAGAGAGCGGCCCCUGGGUCGCUGUCACACCCUGGACUCAGGAGAAGAAACACUGGAACGACAACACACUCCAAACAUGACCGAAUACACUCCACAGGAGAGCAAUCAGACAGAUGACACACACACUGACCACACAGCAGGAGCUCAGGCGCCCAGAGACGAAACGCAGCCUGACACCGGUGAAACACACUCCACUGAUGACUGCAGCACAGGAAGUGAAACCUCCACAUCCUCGUUGUGUAACGCCCCGUCACGUGCUGAUAACCCGUGUGAACCCCUGACACGCCCCUCAACCACUUCCUCUGCUUCACACGACGCCACCGAGCCGUCUGAAGGUAACAGCCCCAGUCUUUGUCCUUUAAACGGAGAGUCUGAGUCGCCAGACGACCAGACUCGUACGGACAGUGAGGCUUUGCAGUCAGACGGCAAAGACGGAGACCCCGUCCCCACCUGCACUGACCCCCACCCCGAAAUCCAGACAGAUGGAGGCGACCAGAAAGACGCCGAUGCAACGCAAGAAAAGAGUGAAGAGUUGACUCAUGAAGACUGCGACUGAAACGGAGACAUUAUGAGGAGAUUACAGAGGAGCACCAAACAUUUGGCUUCCUUUUCCAUCGAUGGAACAAAACACCAAAUAUUUGAAAGGAAAAAGAAAGCACACGGUUUCAGAUCAGACGCGACACUGACUACGUUUACAUGCACAAAAAUAUUCCAGUUAUUCUGAAAAAGAGACUACUCCCACUGAGCUGUUUACAUGGCUAAUGAGAAUGAAUAUUCCAGUAAUAUUUCCCUUUACAUUCAGCCGUGCGUACUCCUGUCGAGGUAAAACGAACGGCUGUGUUUGACAGGAACAUGUCAUUCAUCGCAUCAAAAUAGUGGAACUGCUUGUGCCAUUAUGAUCGUUUUUUUCACUCCUUUAAUCACCUUGUUGAAACCCAAGUUGUGAAAUUUGCACAUGUCCAAAAACCUCUUGAUGUCCAAGUCUUUAAAACUGAUUCUGAUAUCGUGAUUCUUCAGGCACAACACAGAGCAGAAUGUAAACAGGCAAGUUUUUGUGUCGCAAACUGCUGUAAAAACCCAGAUUGAGAUGCAUAGAACAAACGUGCUGCAAAGUCCAAAGUAUGCUUGUGAAACCUGAAUAAUAAUGGUAUAUCACACAUCUUGAUCAAAAAAAUGCUACAUUCAGAAUAAGUCCAACUUCAGAAUAUCUAAAUGGAAUAUGCUGUUUGCAUUCAGACACAUUGACAUAUUUGGAAAAAGAAGUGGAACACCAGUGGACGUGUGAACGUAAUCAGUGACUCUAUGACAAAGCUUUCUCAUCUUGUCUCCGUUUCUUUAGUAGAAAGUAAAUCCAAAUUUUUAGGGCAGACUGUUUGACUUCUUUCAGCUCUUUCAAUAGUUUUAAGUCUACAGUAAUAAUGCGGGCUAAAAGGAGUUUCCCAAAAGAUUUUCCCAACUUGCAGAGCAUUAUAAUUUCUCACUUGUCCCCAGUGAUAUCUAACCAUGCGGAUGGGAUUUCUUAUGGGGAACUGUAGCCGUUAUCUAUGCUCCAGACUCCAUUGACAAAAACAAUGAUUUUAACCCUUUGAUGCACAACAUAUUGACCCCCCUUCUAAUGCACAAUAUGGGUCAAAAAUUACCCGCAUUCAUUCCCUUCAUGUUAUUUAAUGCUGGCUGUGUGUUUCUGUGCUCUAUCUUUUGAUAUAAACUUAUUUUAUGAUUGAAUAUUCCAAAUAUUCUUUAAAUAGCUUGUUUUUGAUAACAACAGAUCAUUAUUUCCAUUUUGCCUCUCAUACUUUAUGAAAAAAAAGUUUUUGUAUUAUUACAUAGCUAACUACUUGGCUAAGUAGCUUGCUCAGCUAACUACUCAGCAAAGAAGUUAGCUAAGUAGUUAGCUUAGCAAGCUACUUAGCCAAGAAGUUAGCUAAGUAUUUAGCUUAGCAAGCUACUUAGCUAAAAAUGGAUAUGGGUCAUUUUUUACCCAUGUUGUGCAUAAGAAGAGUAGUGACACAAAAAGGGAUUUUAUUAAAAAAAUGAAUAAAGGAAAACAUAAAAUUUGGAUGUAUGAUGAUCAAAAACAAAUUAUUUGAGGAAAACCUUGAAUACUGAAUGAUGAAAAUAAUUUUUUGUAAAGAUAUAGAACAUAAAAACUCUGUCGGGUCACUUUAGACCCAUGUUAUGCAUCAAAGGGUUAAAUAGCAGAACAGAGGAGUUGCUGGUCUACCGCUGCCUCAAUUAGUUAGUUUGACCAGCAAGUCCAGUGUUUUGCAAGUUAAUAUUACUGUUUUUGUCAAUGGAGUCUGGUGGCUUUGAAGAUAACAUAUUACAGCCUCUGUUUCCCUUGUGUCAACUUAAACAGGCCUGCCAGACGGCAAAUUAAGGCAGUGAUAAUAUUCUAAAUAAAGCUUACACUUAGCUAAAAUACAUUAGGCUGCUGCCCUCGUCCACAGCAUAGAAAUAAAAUCCAAAUUAACCCUUUAAAAACCUUUUUGAUUAGAAAUGUUAAAUAUUACAUUCGAUAGGAUCAUUUUCUGCGUUCUGUUUCAUCUCCCUGUGUCAAAAGUCAAUACCGGCAUAUAAAACGGACUAAAUUAUUUCAUUGUGACAUUAACAGGUCAGAUGUUUUCUGUAACAUUAACAAGACAGUUAAAUUCCUCCAGUCUGAAGAGCUCUUUGGUCUCAGCCACUGCUGGAUCUCCUCCUCCUGAGUUUUAAGCACUUUCUUCUUCUUGCCUUCAGAAAAAGAAAAAGGGAUGCAAACUGACGUUAUUUUAGAUUGUAUGAAUGUUGCUUGAGUUUAAUUUUAUGCCACUGGACUGUAGCUCCAAAUCUGACCAGACUUCAUUUGAAGAACGUGCUGUUUUACUUGAAUACUAGACGUUUUCAGUGUUAAAAAUGGAUUCACAGUUUGGUCGUUUUUUUGCUUGUUUUCACAGUUUAACAUCAUACUACUUCACUUCUAUUUUUAUUAGGAUCAUUUUAUUUUAUUUAUGACUUGUUGAUGGUAGUGUAUUGUGUGUUCGGAGAUGUUCAGCUUCUCCUGAAUGUUAGAAUGUGUUAUCUCCACACAAACAUAGGGCAGGUUAAAGGAUCACACUGCUGGUUUUUAUUGUUUUUAUCCCGUUAAUUACAAUCCUGAUAUUUUACAUCACUUCUAAUUAUUUUCACAAUCAUAGUAACAUAUUUUAAGAUUGUCUUCCUUUCUUGCAACUAUUCAUUUUAGCUUAUUUCUUUAAAAAAGGAUUAUGUUUUGAUGCUGUUUUAGACAGUGUCUGAACUUUUUUGGAUAUUCAUCUAUUCAUUUAUUUAAUAGGAACGUGAUUUACUGGGAUCAAAUUAUCUUUUAAAGUCGUGUCCAGCAGCAUAUGGAUAAAUCUAUAAAUAUUACUACUUACUGAUAUUUUAUACAUCGGAGAGUGAUUUUUAGUUGGUAUAUUAAUUGAUAAUACAAAUACUUUUUAUUUGCAGCUCAACCUUAAAAACAAUAAGUUACAGCUUUAGUUUUACUUGUGAUGAUUUUGGUCAAAUGUAAUUUAGAACAUAAAAGCUGUGUUUUAAAUUCAGUAUUAUUAUUUCACAGGAUUUUUGACUUGCUUUGUCAUGAUACAAUACAGAAUGAUUCUUUAUUUUUGUAAUUCAGUGAGUGAAGUUGACUUUCACACAAAACUGAAAUGAAUUAAAAAAACCCUCAGUGUAUGAUUUGGAAACAAGUCAGCAGUGAUGUAAAACAGAGAAGUUAAUGAGUGAAAUAAAACAUGCAAAAUCACCAGUUUGCUCCUUUAACAUUGGGAGAUAUUUUGGGUGAGACACUUCAGUAAAAACAUUGUUUUAUGUUUUUGACUGAUGCUUCCAUAACAUGUUUUCUUUCAGACUAGUAGAAAGAAAUUCAUAUUUACCAGAAUCAGAAUAUCUUUAUUCUGAAGGUUUUUACUGAGAGGUUUGUUCAUAGAUCAUCCAUAGUCAGGUUCAGAUUUGUUUGUGUUUGUUUUAUCUGAUUUUUGGAGUGAUUUAAAAAUAAAAAAAAAAUAAAAUGAGAUAUCCAAAAUUAUCUCUGGAAAAAC